AUGGACUCCCUGCGCUUCAUCUCUUCUGUUUGGAAGUGGAAGUACGCAGCCUCAAUUACAUGGAGUCUCAUCCUCUAUAUACUUUUAUGGAUAUUUUUAGGUUUUGUCAAACUAAUUUUCAGAGUUAAAUCAAAAUGGUAUUUUGCAGCCAUUGCGAUGUUUACUUUGCCAUUACAGAUCAUGUUAUACUUUAAAUGUCUUACAAUUGUUCCUCAAACACACACAGUUUUAACUAUCCGCGAAUUUUUAAGUCGUUGUUCAUGGUUUUUCGCAAAUAUACUUUGGACAUCAUUCUUCCUUUUACAAUUCACAAAGAUGCGUACUUCAAUUACAUUUUCGUUCUUAAUUUCUUUCUUUAUAUCAAAUAUAAGUUCAUUUUCAGUAUAUAUUCAGUCAUUUGUACUGCAAAAACCAUACAGAAAAGAUAGAUUGACCAUACUACGCGAUACUUAUAUAUUCCCUCUCGUUCCUGUCCUUGUUUUAUCAAUUAUCAGCUUUGCUUUAUUACCUAUCAGCGGAGCAAUUGCAGCAAUUGCAUUAUUUAUAUUUACAGAUAUCGUACUACGCAUUGUUGAGAUCAUUGCAGGCGAGCUUGUUAGUUUUGGCUCUACAAACUCAAAUCGUUUGGCUGAUGGUCUUGGUCAGAAGGGUCUUGUUAAAUAUUGGGCCUAUUCUGACUUUUUGCUUGCUUCGAUGGACCAAUGUGACCAAAGAAGAGAAUCAAUUUUCCAUUCAAGCGGAGAACUCUUUACAAGCAUUCUUUCAGCCAUCAAAACAGAUUUCGAUAAAUACUCAGACCAGAUUUACAACCUAUUUGACGACGUUGACCCAUCUUAUCACUCAUAUACAAGAAUAAACGAUGGAACUCUUUCUGUUUCAGAAAAUAGGAAGAUGAUUAAGUCAGUACAGGCUAAUUUGGACCAGGAGGCCAAAGAUCGUGAACGUUUUGGCCCUCAACAGAGUUAUCAAAAUCGUAUUCAAGAAAAUUCACCAUUUAACAGACUUUUGAAGGCCCUCAAGAUAUACGAGACACAUAGAAAGAUCAGAACUACAUAUAAUAUGUACAAACGAAGAGUUCGAAGAAUGACAAGGCAAAAUGCGGCCAUUCAGAACUCUUAUAUCAUUAUUGAGGCUGCGCGUGCAUUGCAGGCAUUGAUAGACGUCGCUCCGAAGGAAGACGAGUUCGGAAUCAUCCAAUCAAAAAUAGAAUUAAUUAUCAAAGAGCUGACUGCCGUAAUUCUCGUUGUUCCCAAGGGAGGAUACAUUGAUUGGUCGAUCCCUACCUUCGAACAUGUCGUUCGUCGGUAUUCUGACCAGCCAAUUGCAAAAUCUGCCACAGAGUUGACAGAACUCGUCAGAGAGAACGUAGAAUAUCUUCUUGACAGCUUUGUCAUGAAGUACGGAAAGACUCUCGACUUUUCUCAGUUUCCUUCGGAUAUUAAAGACGAAAUUAAGGCGAUUAUGGCAAAAUAUAACUAA